UUGGCGUUAAAGCUAACGUUAAAGCGAACGUUAAAGUUAAGUUGAAUUUGCCUCCCCCACCCCCCUGUGUGUUUUUUUUUUUUUUUUUUUCCCAAUCCGUACAGGUAUAUGGUUACGCUUGUGCACGCAUACACUUCCUCCCCCCACGAGCAUUUCAAUUUUUUUUAAAAAUUAAACUGCAUAGUACAGUUAAUGACCCCUCGUGUGAAUAUUAAAAGGAAAUUUCCUUCCCAUCCCUAUCAUUUUGUUUCCCUUUUAUUUUCCCCUUUCUUCCUCCCUUUAUUUUUUCCCCUUUUUUUCCAUUUUCCACACAACUUCCACAUUUUAAAUCCUCACUUGGAACUUCCGAACGGGAAAAAACAAACACAGGAAUUAGCAACUGUAACGACGAAGCAGAUGAGUAACAAAAUGGCCGCCAAAUCUCAAAAGAAAGUCUUAAAAAAGCAAAAUAAAAGGAAAAAGAAGGACCCCUUAGCUCCAAAGAGAGCCUUGUCAGCCUACAUGUUCUAUGUCAAGGACAAGAGGCUCGAAUUAAUCAAAGAGAGACCAGAGCUCGCCAAAGAUGUUGCGCAAGUGGGCAAGUUGGUUGGAGAGGCCUGGGGGCAGUUAAGCGCCGCCCAGAAGACUCCGUACGAAAAGAAGGCGCAGUUGGACAAAGUCAGGUACUCCAAGGAGAUAGAGGAAUACAGGAAGACAAAAAAGGAGUAGAAGCCGCCUGCCGGGGGCGCCUUACGUAAUCAUCCACGCGAAAACUCAUCCACACAUGUACCCACCCACACGCACAUGCACCUGUUUUUACCCCGGCGCAUACGUAUGCAAAACGCGUACGCAUGCCCCUGCACGAGGGGAAAUUCUUUUUGCAGGCAGCGCGUGCAUGCGAAGGGACAACUCUUUUUUUUAUCAUUCCUGCUACGUUGCAAGGAGGCAGCGCUGCAGUGUACUUUUCGCGUGUGCCUCUAUGUGCAUAUGUACGGGCAUAUGUAUGUAUUAUAUAUCUGCGCGCAUGUAGCAGCUCCCCUGAGAACCGCCCAAUGCACACAUACACACACGCGAACAGCUCACGGGCUGGUAUGUUUGUAACCCCCUCACGUACGUUCACUUGUGCGCGUGCCUCACUGCAUAUGUUUACGCUCGUAGUCCACGUAUGUGUACACACAUAUGCAUGACUAUACUAUAUAUGUCGACUGCUGCGUUUAGCAAUUUUUUUUUUUUUCAUAACUCACUAUUGUAGAAAUAUUCGCAACUCUCUUUUUUUUUUUUUCUCUUACGAAGAAU